AUGGAGGGAAGAUUUGGUGGGCUCUUGGAGGGGCAGCAACUGAGACUUUCAGCAGAGCCUCAAGCGGCGCUAACUCCCGGUUGGGCCUUCUCACACCGAGAUAAAUCUGUUCUGAGCCCUGCUAACACAACUGUUCGACCACAAGGCAGGGAUCUAUUGUUUGGUACUGCAAGCAAGAUGGUAUCCGCAGCGAGCUCGGACGCGGGGGAGAUUCAAGACGCGGGUGUAGAGAAGGCAACUAAAUCGCUGCUGCAGUACGAUGGCACCUCCAUUGACCGUCGAGACAGAAACCGUUCUAGCCCGACUUCACGGUCGCCCGAGCAGGAGUACCGAUCAAGGGACAGAAGAUCGCGCGACCGGAGCAGGUCCCCGUAUUCAGAGUACCAUCCUCGAGGAUCGAAGAGACCCAGAGAGCACGAUUACCCAGACAGAUCUCGAGACCCCCGCAGAUUCAAAGUUCACUACGAGAACGCCUACGAAGACUACAAGCGCUACUCUAGAGGCUCUUACAAGGACUUGGACCGAGGCUUUGUUGAGCCGGCAGCCUUGAGGUAUGACGAGGCAGAGAGGCAUGUUGAAGAACGCCGUCGGACACGCAGCCGCUCGCCAUAUCGGGCAGGCCAGGGGGGCGAUAGAUAUGGCCGUGGUGGGCAUUCAAGAAGGGAAGACACCGGUGGCAAUGUACAUGGAAUUGAUUCUCGCAGACCGAACUCUUAUGGUAAAAGGGACAUGAGAAGUAGCGAGACGAAGGACCAGUCAGUGAGCAAACGGGGACAAAGCCCGCUGCCUGCUGAUAAUGCAAGACAAGAGGCUAAAACUACAAAAGGGUACUCACAGCAUGGUUAUCAAUCUCGUACUGGCGUCAAGAACGAAGUUGAACCCAAACCUGUUGAAACACCUCCUGUCGAAGUGCAAGAGGAGGAGCCGGUUGACGAAGAAGCUCUGAUCGAGCAAAGACGCAAGCGUCGUGAAGCAAUCAAAGCUAAGUAUAGAGGUUCUGCUACACCUUUACUUGUCCAAGCUUUAGAAGGGGGAGGAAAUAAGUCAGAGAACUCUAUACCCGAUCGGCAAGACGAUAACACUCCCAUGGCCUCUGCUCCCUUGACUCCUGUCGAAGCCGCAUCUCCUUCCGCUUUCGAGAUCACAAACGACCAGGACCUCGCGAAUGGCAAGGCGCGUGGCGACGACAACGAUGGCCCAUCAGCUGCUGACUACGAUCCGACGAUGGACAUGCAAGAAGACAAGCAGAGAGAUGACCAGAGACACGGUGAUGAUUCUUCGGCUUCAGCAUAUAAAGAAACACGCCCUACGACAGAGCAAGAUGUUUUGCUUCCAGUUGAACCAGCGCCCGUUGAGGACAAGCCAAAGAAAUCAAAGGACGACUUCGAUAUGUUCGCUGAUGACGAUGACGAUAUGUUCGCGGAGGAUGAACCCAGCACAAAGCCCGCCGCAGCUGCAGUGGAUGUUGCGAAGGUUAAGCCAAUCCCACAAGCUAAGGAACUCGAUAUCGGGAUGCUGGACAAUUGGGAUGACAUCGAAGGCUAUUACAAAGUGAUCCUAGGAGAGCUGCUGAAUGGUCGUUACCACGUCCAAGCCAGUCUAGGCAAAGGUAUGUUCUCAGGGGUUGUUCGCGCUACAGAUGUGACGACGAAGAAGCUGGUUGCCAUCAAACUCAUUCGGAAUAAUGAGACUAUGAGGAAAGCCGGCAUGAAAGAGAUUGAAAUUCUUCAGAAAAUCAACAACGCCGAUCCAGAGGACAAGAAGCAUAUGAUUCGAUUGGAGCGAUAUUUCGAACACAAGGGCCAUUUGUGUAUGGUUUUUGAAAACCUCAGUAUCAAUCUUCGUGAAGUUCUAAAGAAGUUCGGGCGAGAUGUCGGUAUCAACCUGCGGGCUGUUCGGGCUUACGCUCAGCAGAUGUUCCUGGGGCUGAGUCUGAUGCGAAAGUGCAAUAUCCUCCAUGCCGAUUUGAAACCUGACAACAUUCUGGUCAAUGAGACUCGGAACAUGCUCAAGAUCUGCGAUUUAGGAUCUGCUUCUGAUGCCUCCGACAAUGAGAUCGCUCCUUAUCUGGUCAGUCGAUUCUACCGGGCGCCCGAGAUCAUCCUCGGCAUGGACUACGACUUUGCCAUCGAUAUCUGGUCUGUUGGUUGCACACUGUACGAGUUGUAUACUGGCAAAAUUCUCUUCACGGGUCGCACAAACAACCAAAUGCUUCGGUCAAUCAUGGAUUGCCGGGGCAAAUUCACCACCAAGAUGCUGAAGCGUUCUCAAUUUGCCUACAUACACUUCGAUGAAAUGGCCAACUUUAGAAGCGUGGAGCAAGACAAGCUCAGUGGAAAAGACACGGUUAAGACCAUCACGUUCGUCAAGCCAAGCCGCGAUCUGCGAACCCGCCUCAUGUCCGCAUCUAAGGGCCUCACGGAUGUAGAAACUAAAGAACUAGCUCUGUUCGUCGACCUCCUCGAUCGCUGUCUGGCGCUUAACCCGGAGAAGAGAAUUACCCCUGCUGAGGCUUUGAGACACCCGUUCAUUCUCAAGACGACGAAAUGA